AUGGCAACUAUAAUUCUAUGUAUUGGAAGCGCCGAAGACCCCCACAUUCAAGAAGUGGAAAAAAAUGUUAAAUUGCUUGACAAUGAGGCUCGAAUUGUUCUUUUCAAUCCACUCUGUGGCGGUCAUUUGAUCGAAAUAACUGUCGAUAGUUCGUGUGAGUUAAGCUCUAGCUGCCUUAUAGUUGUGGAUGGCGAACGAAUCCCUGCUGAGUCGAUCAAAUCCGUUUGGUACCGUUGGAAGCCUGCCGUCCUUUCCGCUGAUGAAGACCUCCAGGGUAUGGAUCUAGCUAAAAAUUUCGCUAGCGUCAUUUUCUAUUCAUUUCUAUACGCUAAUUUAAUGAAAAAUUAUAUUUAUUUUAGUUGGUGCAAAAUUAUGCGCGCUCAUUAAACGUUCAUUUUUUCCUAGUUCUUUAAGGUUUUAGCAAAAAUUUAACACAAACAAAAUACGAAAACACUAUGAGUUUUUCGUAUAGUUCUGGCGAACGUCUCGUUAUUAUUCAGUGGAAGAAAAUUCUGUAAGCAGUGAAAUUUCUGGUAGAGUCUUUUUCUAUACUCUGGUACUUCGAAGAGACCACAUUUGGGCUCUUCCAAAAUGUUAAAAGUAAGCCAACCGUACAAUCAACUUCACAUCAUGUUUGUUUGAAAUUAUGGCUGCAAUAAUUAUUCUUUGCUGUACAAUCCUUCUAAAGGUCUCAUUGCCAAAGACUUUGUACUGAAGGAAUGGAAAUCGGUAGUUCGUUCUUUAGAGGCAUUCCUCCCGCAUGCGCAAUGGCUGAACACCGUAGCCGUCACUGAACUGCUGAACAGCAAGCCAUUUCAGUUACAACUCGCGCAGAAAGUUGGGCUGACUGUGCCAAAGACAACAAUCACAAACAACCCGGGGGCAGUGAAAGAAUUAUUCGACAAAGUGGAAAACGGACGUGUUAUAUUCAAAAGUCUAACUCCUCUCUUCCUGCCGCCAGACAGGCUUCUUUACACUACAGAGAUAACGAGAGAAUUUCCAUCGCACUCCCACGAUAGCAUUGCCCAGUCUCCAGCCAUUUAUCAGGAGCUGGUGGAGAGAAGAUCAGACUUGCGCAUCACUGUGGUUGGAUGCGAAGUGUUUGUAGCUCGCAUUGCCUCGCAGAUCCUAGAAAGGGAAAAGGAUCGCUUAGAUUGGAGGCGUUGCCAGGACAAAGAAGAACUUUAUAGUGAAGUACAGGUGAAAAUGUUUUUCUCAUCAUUUAAGGGUCAGCAUCAACUACAACCUCGUUCCCAGGGUCCUCUCGUAAGGGCCGAGUAGGAAAGGACCCUGGGGAUGAGGUUGCACUACCUAGUUUGAGAACCAAUUGUCACUCCAAUAAACAGUGACCUGAUAAUACUCAUUUUGCAAAAAGAUACAUACACAACCUCCUCCCCACGGCGCUUUUCCGCUUUUUCCAAAGCCAGAGAAAAGCGCCGUGGGGACGAGGUUGAUACAUACAAAAUACUUUGAAAAAAAAAAUGUUUGGCUAAGAACGAGAAAUAGAGGGGUGGAUUUCUGAACCUUUACAAAAGAGAACAUUUCUUCCUUUUAUAUUUAGAAAGCUGAACAUUCUGUUAGCUGUGGGCUUUUCUGAUGUUUGCACUAAAACCAUUGUGUAUCUAAAUGACGUGAAGGGAGCUUGCUUCUCCAAUGCAAACUCAAGUUGUUUUUCCUCUGACAGAUAUCGGAGGACCUCAAAGAUCGGCUGUUGAAAUUUCACCGAGAAGCCGGCCUGGGAUUUGGUGCUUACGACUUCUUGGAACGCGGUGAUGACGUCAUAUUUCUAGAGUGUAAUCCGGGAGGAGCCUGGCUCUGGUUAGAACAAAGUCUUGGUCUUAAAGUCUCCGAACAGGUCGCGAAAUGUCUUUUGGGUAUCAAUGAAACAAAGUCGUCUUGA